AUGUUACGUGAACUAUAGAUUUUCAGGCAAUCUAUGCGUCAAUGCGUGAGACGAAACGCAUCCGGAGUCUCAGUAUAAAUCUGAUUACUUGUCGUGAACCGUAUUGACUCUCUUUGUUUUCUAAAGCGAAAUACGAGAAUUAACUAUCUAUUUUUUUAUAUUAUCUAUGGAUUAAAUUGUAUUUAAUCAUCUAUUUUGUGGCACAAGUGAUUUGUGAGUCAAUGUAAAAAUUAAAACAGGUUACAUUUUUUAUAUUAAAAUAAAGAUGGAAACGAUAUUGGAACAACAACGACGAUAUCAUGAAGAAAGGGAACGAUUGAUGGAUGCAAUGGUAAAAGAGAUGUUACAUAGAAAAGCGGGUCAUCGCGAAAACAUCAAUUCGGAACAUCGUCUAAAAAUGUUAUUGGAUCAAUAUAUGGAUAGCACAAUGCAUUUGCAAGAUUUAUAUGAGGAUAAAGAUGGACAGAGGAAAGAGGAAGUUCAAGCACUAUCUGGUCCAAAUGAAUUCUCAGAAUUUUAUUCACGUUUGAAGUCGAUAAAGGAAUUUUAUCGGCGACAUCCUAAUGAAAUUAGUGUUCCCAUGUCUGUUGAAUUUGAGGAAUUAGCUAAGAUGAGAGAAAAUCCAACAGAAGAACUGUCCAAUCUUGUCGAAUUUACAGAUGAGGAAGGUUAUGGAAAAUAUCUCGAUCUUCAUGAGUGUUAUCAAAAAUACAUUAAUCUUAAAGGAAUAGAAAAAGUAGAUUAUAUAACUUAUCUAUCAACUUUUGAUCACUUAUUUGAUAUACCUAGAGAGAGAAAGAAUGCAGAGUAUCAAAAAUAUGUUGAGUCCUUAUUAGGAUAUUUAACAGAUUAUCUGAGUAGAGUAAGACCUUUACUUGAUAUUAGUACAGAGAUUACAGAAGCCAAUAAAGAUUUUCAGACUCAUUGGGAGAAGAGCACAUUUCCUGGUUGGCCCAAGGAAGCUGGAAGUGCUUUAACUCAUGUAGGAGCACACUUGGAAUUAUCUGCAUUCUCAUCAUGGGAAGAGUUAGCAUCUCUUGGUUUGGAUAGAUUAAAAUCAGCUUUGAUGGCUUUAGGACUCAAAUGCGGAGGUACGCUCGAGGAACGGGCGCAACGACUUUUUAGUACGAAAGGCGAAGCCUCUUUAGAUCCCAAUUUAUUAGCUAAGAAUCGAAAGGGAAAGUCAGCUAAGACUAGAGAUUCCGAAAAGCAAAAGGAAAUUGCACGAUUAGAGGCUCAUGUGUAUAGGCUCGCCGAACUAGUAUCCAGUCAACGAGUAGCCACGAAAGAAAAUGUACAAAGAAAACAAGCAAGAACCGAAGGCGAAAGAGGCGAUUCUGAUGCAGAGGCAAGUGCGAGCGAAUCAGAGGAAGAGGAUGAUAAUGAGGUUCCAUAUAAUCCAAAAAAUUUACCGUUGGGCUGGGAUGGGAAACCCAUACCUUAUUGGUUAUACAAACUACAUGGCCUAAACAUUAGUUACAAUUGCGAAAUUUGUGGCAAUUUCACAUAUAAAGGUCCAAAGGCAUUUCAGAGACACUUCGCGGAAUGGAGACAUGCUCAUGGCAUGCGUUGUCUCGGUAUUCCGAACACGGCACAUUUCGCCAAUGUCACUCAAAUUGAAGAUGCACUUGCUCUGUGGGAAAAGCUGAAAACACAGAAACAAGCAGAACGUUGGCAACCAGAACAAGAGGAAGAAUUUGAAGACUCGCUUGGCAAUGUAGUCAAUCGCAAAACAUAUGAGGAUCUUAAGAGACAAGGCUUGCUAUAAUAAAACAAGGUGUGUAUAUACAGGAUGUCUGGAGUCAACCGCACUCAUCGUGUACAGCUAAAGCAAAUAACUGAGAAGAAAAGUCUUUUAUCAUUUUGCGAUUUUCGCAGUAAUUCUCGAAAAAUUAAUUAACAAGUAAAAAAUUGUGCAAAUAAAAAUUUGAACACAGCUUCCUCAUAAUUUUAUUUCCUUUUUUUUAUAAUAUCAGUAAUCGUAAUUACAAAUCGAAAUGAUAGUUUUCGAGAUAGUACUAGAUAGAACUCUAAAAUAGUUUUACCAAUCAUAAUUUAAUGAUACUCUAUUCAUAUAAAACAAUUUAAGACUCCUGAGUAGUCGCCGCGGAACUCUGAGUUGGAGACAUAGGAAUUCUGUCCAACAAUUUAUCAUAUAAGUUAUAAGUGAAGUGUAUUAGGAGCUUAUUAAACAGACAUAUCGCAUCAUGUGUACGUGUAGUCAAAAUUCGUGCGUGAGGAUAGAGACUAGAGAUAGACACUGAGCGAUCAUGAAAAUGUCGCUCGCAAAUGUUCGGUCGUCGAAUUUUUGCCAUACUCAGGAGCCUUAAUCUAAUAUUUAAAAAAUUUGCAGAAAUUAGGUCGUAAACAAACAUUUAUUGAAAAAUUCAAAAUUUCAUAAAAACUGAACCGUUUCAACAAUUCUAAUCAAAUUCAGUAUUAACCAUGCUUUAAUGAUAUUUAUGAUAUUCUAUUAAUAAUAUUUAGUAAAAAUAUUUAGUCCGGGAUCUCAAAAUUUGAUGAAGUUAGCGCAAUCACAUUUUUUUUGUAGAAAAAGUCAAAAUUUUAUAAAUAAUAAACUCUUUCAUCAA